UUCUUACCCCACUGCGCCGCAUCGUCCCCGUGUCCCACCAUUUAUAAAGAGGUUCACAAGUACCAGUGUAAACAAACAGCCGCGAGCUCUCUUAGUUCUGUACCUUGACAAAGUUAUGUCCCAGCCGCAGCGAAAACUAUCUGUUCGACGAGGGUCCGUCAGUGCGUCAGAUCCGUUUGGACAACAUGCUACCCUCAAUCAUGAUCCUAAUCGAUCAUCGUCAUCGACUUUGACUAUCGUUCGCGUCCUGGAUCCCAGUUCGCAAGCAGGCGCACCACAAGGUACUGGGACCGCUCCGAUGAAUCUUUCAGAACCGCCUGCACCAGCGCUUCACCGACGUUCACUACGUCAUCCUGGGGCUACUUCGACGAAUGCAGACGGAUCAUCAACUAGUAGACUCAGCUUUGCAUUUUCAUCUUUCGCUCCAGACUCCUCAGCUUCAACUUCCUCUUCUGCAUCUUCACCAGCCGUCGCUACCUCCCCUAGCCGACGGGCCUCCAGCCCGUCUACUUCCCCCCGUCUACGCUCUAGCUCACCACAGUUCAUUCGGAGACAAUCUUCGUCAGGUUCCUCCCCAUUUUCUAAACCAAAUUUAUCCCCAGAACAACUUGUAGACCUUGCUCGUCAAUCAACUAGCCCUCGUUAUGUCCCUCCUCCUGCAUCUGCCUCUAGCACUCCUCAUCUUCCCGCGCUUGCAAGUCCGGUGGGUUCCUCCAAUCCCGCUGGUGCAAUAACAGCACCUGCGACAUUCACCCCGUUACCCGAUGACAUAUACCUUCCUUUCAUCGAUCGUCCCAUUGAAGUGACCCAAUUACUAUCAAUUCAUCCCACAACCAAACUUCUUUCCCUCCUUGCUCAGACAUUUCCCAGGACACAGGGCCCAGAAAAUCUUGAUGAUUCUACGUUCUCUGCUGAUCCCGCAAAAUGGUCCUUUGGGACUUUGCGCCUCUGGCUGACCAUUGUGGAUAGACAAACAGCCAGUGACGCCCUCUGGGUGCGCAACGCGCGCAGAUGCAUCCUGUCUCAUUCAGAGCUCAUCUGGGAGCGUCUGAAGGGGGCUUUUGGCGUCCCUCCCGAGCUCGAGGUUGGCGGAGAAUAUGGCAUGGAGAGUGUGAUUGCAGCUGAUGAUCACCCGCCGCGCGUCUCUGUCUCUCCUAUUCCAACAAUUUUGGAUGCAGACAGUGCGGUCGAAGACUCGGGAGAGUUAAACACGCACCCUACAUCGUUUCCGCCCUAGCGAUGUUCAAUCGACUCAACAUGAUUCCAUGCCCUCAUCCCCGCAAGAGGACCCACUCUCCACUACAACUCACUUGUUGAUUGAGCCCAUACU